UUGCUCAUCAACCAUAAAAUUAAUCACAUUUUUUUGGUUAUAUUUCUUUAUAUAAAUGUAGAGACAUAUAAACACACUAAUAAAUAGGCCUCAACAUUAAAAAUCCCUAGACUAUUAUAUACAAAAUUUCUUUGCAUACCUCUAUACAAAAUUUCUUUGCACACCUCUAUACAAAAUUCUUUGAGAAAGUUCUAUAAACAAAUAUGAUCAUCUCUAUCAUAACCUUUAUUCUUUUUUAAUGGAGAUAGAUCAAGAACCACAACCACAAAGUUCAGAUAACACAAACAUAAACAUGACUCAACAACCUCAAGAUCCAAGAAUCAAAGACUACAGAUGGUGGUUUCGUGUAAUCCUAUACAUAAUUUUCCUCUUAGCAGGCCAAUCUUUCUCUCUUCUUUUAGAAAGACUAUACUAUGACAAAGGUGGUAAUAGCAAAUGGAUGAUCUCAUUUGUUCAAUCAUCUGGAUUCCCCUUACUCCUCCCACUCAUUUGUUACUUCAAAUCAAAAGAAAAUUUCAAGAACAUAUUCAACAUCAAUGAUAACAAUUCCUCCAUAAUCAAACCAAGAAAUUUCACCAUCUAUCUAGGGUUUGGCAUUCUUUUAGAAGGAGUGUUCUUGAUGUAUUCCUAUGGACUUCAAUAUCUUCCUCUUUCAACUUUCUCUCUAAUAUGUUCAACUGAGCUAGGGUUUAAUGCAUUAUUCUCUUUCUUCCUAAAUUCUCAAAAGUUCACAGCAUUGAUAUUCAAUUCUGUGUUUCUUCUUACUAUAUCAACUUCGUUGCUCGCCGUUGAUUCGAUUUCCGAAGACUCAAUGGAUAUCCAUAGAGAAAACUACAUACUUGGUUUCAUCUUCACUCUUUGUGCAUGUGCUACUUUUUCUCUAUACCUUGCUCUAGUUCAAUUUUGUUUUGAGAAAGUUAUAAAAAGAGAAACCUUUGAUGCAAUCUUGGACAUGCAAUUCUAUCCUUCCCUCAUUGCUACUUGUGCUUGUGUGGUGGGAUUGUUUGUGAGUGGAGAAUGGAAAAUUUUGGACAAGGAGAUGAAAGAGUUUGAUAAUGGAAAAAUGUCAUAUGUAGUGACUUUGGUUUGUUGUGCUGUGACAUGGCAAGUGUGUUACAUUGGAAUGUUGGGGUUGGUUUUUGAGGUAUCUUCAUUGUUUGCAAAUAUUAUAGGUUCUUUGGUGCUACCCUUGGUUUCAACUCUUGCUGUUUUGUUCUUUCAUGAUGAGAUUGAUGGAGUUAAAUCUAUGGCUUUGAUAUUGGCAAUAUGGGGAUUUCUUUCAUAUAUUUAUCAAAAUUAUUUAGAUGAUAAAAAGGCUAAGGAAGUUAAGAGACUUUGUCUUGGGGUUUCAAAAGGUGAGGUAGAAAUCUCUUUUGAAUUGAGUUAAGAGAAGGAGGAGAAUAAAAUGUAAUGUUGUUGUUCUUGCAUAUUUAUUGAUACUAUAGCAAGAUAUUAGUACAUUUACAUGAAUCACUUUUUUUUACUGAUGUAUACAAGAAUUAUAUCUAUGUAGUGUGGACUUGGUUAUGAAGUUAUAAAUAUUGAUUUUGUAAAAAUGAGGUAAAUUUAAAUAAUUAAUGAAAUAUGUGUAAAAGUAAAUUGAAU